CGGACUCGUACAAAGGCACACAGGUGCAUCAAUGGCACCUUUCAUGUGAACUCAGUCAACUCAAAAAGGAAAGCCGUCACUUCAUUCUCAAAAUUGUAAGCGACAUCUUAUGCCAGAAGCCUACAAGACACGCCACACUUCACUACCCAAGCAAGACUCAUCAGUCUUGAUGCAAGCAACAUUACACACACAACAACUGACACACACAAACGGGGCUGAUCUGCUGACACACCAACUUUUCUUCACUCAAGUCCCUCCAUCCAAGAGAGACACCAUCCCGCUGUUUUUUUAUCAAGUCAGUGAAUCAGCGUACGAAGAAGGCAAAAAGGAAUCUCGCCGUCGCCUCCUUCCACUUAAUUGCCAGCUGCCUCCUUUGAGCUUUCGUCGGUCCCUUAAUCUGCUGAGUCGCCUUACGUGUCGCAUCGCUGCCGCAUUGCCGGCUGCAUCGGCAGAAGGGGAAAGUACAGACGAGCCGCCCUUGGACGUGUCGUUGAUGGCGAGGCUUGAUGGCCGUGGCGCCCUCUCCGGCAGCACUGAUAUGCAUUCACGCACGCAGAAGAGACCAAUCGCAUUUUCAUCUAAUGUCUCCUCAUGUGUCCCCCCCUUACUGCAAUCAAUGGCCACAGGGCAGAGGGCCUCCACUUUCGCCUUCUCUCCAUCUGAUCUCGCGAAUUCCGCACUCAAUGGCACAGUGCGAAUCAGGUAGUGCUGAGUCGGCUGAUAGAGAUGGAAGUCAUAAACGAUCCCUAUGAUGCCCGUGUUCGACAGCUUGACAAUCUCUCCUGCUUCGCUAGUGUUGCACGACAAAGUGAACAUGGGAGGGGCGGUGAGGCUGCCGAUGUUCACAGGGCCAGCGCCUGAUGACACCACGGUCGCAAUGGAAUGGACAAGGUCGUCAUCAACAGCCAGGGGGUCCCCAUCUGCCAUGAGCUGCAGCCGCUUGGAGCGUUGGCAUUGGAUCAUCACUAAAGCAUCCACACGCACACACAUACACACAAGCAGGCAGGGUGACAACGAGACAUGAUAUUCCUGGCAUGCUCACCUUCAUUGGUCUUGUUGCAGAAGCUAGCCAGACGUCCCAACAGUACAGCUGCAUCCUGGAUGAAGUUGCUGUUUACAGUCCUUGUACCAAUUUGAGACAGCAACCUCAGUCCCAACUGAUCAUCACUCAAUUGUGGAGCGCCAGCAUCACGUCCGGGAGAGAAUCGAUAUGCCUGAAGACAGGCCAACACACGAAAGAGAAAGAGCACGAGUAUCGAGGGCACGCCAUUUUGCAAUCGGAACAACGGAACGCAUCAUUUACCCCAUCAAAAGCCCUAUCAGCAAGGUAAACGUCAAAUAAAGCGAAAUAAGCGUCUUCAUCCGAACCUUCCGGAGCGGAUACAAUGUCCUUUGUCGAUAUCGUCGUUGAGAGAUUUGCGUUGAAACAUCUCUCGACCGUGGCAUUUCCAUGUUCAGCAAGACUCAGUAAAGUAUACUCGAUAUCCAUCAGUCUCACGCUCGAAGUGAGCAACGCCUCAGGAAUGCCCAGCUGGAGACCUUCUGCGUUGUCCAAGCCGAAGAGCUUCGUGUUGACUUCAUCCCCAAAACCGCCCCCUUGGAAGCUGUUCUGAAAGCCGACCGCCACUAGAAGAGUGCCUGUAUCAUUAAACGGAUACCAGCAAGCCACUCAGAUCCGCCUAGAGACUACUGCUUAGUUACCUUCGACGAAGACAAUACUGCCUGCAGACGCACCAGAGAAAAGGACAGAGCGAAACGAGCUAGUGAAGUUUCUUUUCUGCUCAUGUACCUGCGCAUUCAGACGGCUCGGUUUGGUACACAGCUCCUUUAAUGACAACAUUUGCCAACGUUGACGGCUUAAAGAAGCCCUUUGUAAGCGAUCCAUUGAGUGCUGCUGGCUCAUACUCAACCUUCAGUUGCACGCCAGUGCCCCUCGCCUGGUCGGGCUCACAGCUGUAGAUCCUCUCAUCGACGACAACCGUGCAGGUGGAGUCGUUAUAGCCCUUUUUAAUGCAUCCCUCGCUUUCACGAUACUCGAACAUAGAGAGACAUCCAAAAGAGUCUCGACGUGGGGCUGGCCGUUUGCCCCCUAUGAUAGUGUACAACGAUUCCACGCUUAUGAAAUCGGCAUCGAGGAGCUGGUAAGUCCCUGGCUGCACUGCCGUUGAGAUGGCGACGGGCAGCCGUGGCUCGGGACACGCUGCGAAGCACUCAAAGCCAAUCUUGCAUGCCGUGUUGAGGAUGACAUCGUCGCUGGUCCGGUUGCCGUCGUCUUGCCUCUCGUAGACCAACACCGUCGCGUCGACUUGUCUCUGCUCAGUCUGAUUAGCCCCCAUGCAGUUGUGCUGUGAGAGAUUGGCAACAACGCCUUCAUCUCUGAGUGACGUAGUGGACCCGUCUGUCUCUUCGAUCAGCACAUCGACAAAGACGGUGUCUCCGAGGGUACCGAACUCAGGAUCGACUCCAACAGCAGCGAUCGAUCCAGCCUCGAGGCCGCCAGGGAAUACAUAAGGCUUGCUGAAGCCAGCUGGGAGAGUCUGGAGCACAAGGCCUCGGCAAUCGACAUAAACUAACCAUCAAGCAAAGACAAUGUGACCACAGAUGCAUGGAACUAGAAAACGUGCUUUCCUUCUCUCACCGCCUGCCUCUUGGUCCAACAAGUAGGUCAGUCGCCCCUUGAGGAUGAGAUCGAGAGAGCUGCCCGUCUCCAAGUUUUCCAAUUUGAAUGUCAGCGGCAGAACCGUCACAUUCUCGGCACACAAGAUCUGGACAAAGCUGAGAGUGGGACCGGUUGUUUGUAACUUAUCGAGUCGGUCUUUCCACAAGAAGAUCUUCGACCGUGUAUCAUUGACGCCGAACUCGUCAGCGAUCUCUCUGGGCUCAAAUACCCUGAUCACCGAGAAGCGUGCCACCGUCCGCGCGUUGAAGAGUGGAAAAGCGGGGCUUUGGCCUGUCUUGAACAGCGGAAACCACAGUGAUGGCGCCUCAAUGCCGACCAAAGCACGAGAAGGGUCCGCACCAAUCGCCACUUGCUCAGCCACGAGCCGCUCCUGCUCUGCGGGAAUUCGAUCCUCAGCAGCCGCCACGCGACAGGCCCUGUUGAAAUCUUCGGCAGACUUGCCAGAGCCCUCCUCAACUUCAAACACUUUCUGCAUACAACAGACAAAAUCGGAAAGCGGACCAGAAUCGUGCUGUCUCUCGCUUCUACGUGUUUACCUUUGAGACUACAUUAUCAUUCUGAUCGUAGCUAAAUCCGGAUGCAGUGGCCGCGAUGACACCGCCUGCCGCCACGUCGCCCGAUGUGAUGGUGAAGAUACGCUGGUUGAGCAAAGAGGGGCAGCCGGAAGGCACCGCGGUGGGGAAGGUGAGGAGCCCCAAGGGAGAGCUGGCGGCUGGACUGACCAGAGCAAUACCCCGUGUGGUGAUGAGCUCUGUCUCUUCUCCUUCGCCAAAGAGAGUGAUGCGCUGCUCUCCUGUGUAGUUGGCAAAGCGAGCUCGAGCGGAUAUCGCCUCAUCGACCAACCCAGUGCUGCACACAGAACAGAGACGCAGGCCAGAGAGCCACACAGUGAGUGUCACGCGUGCCUCUGGACGGAUGGCAUUCACCCUGUAAGCUCGAUCUGCGCAUCGAGGCCGAUACACUCGGCUUCGCUGGCGUCGACCACCUUCAACACACCCUGAAUGACAAGCUGAUCGACGCACAGAAACCAGGCGAGCCAUGAUGCAUUGUCACCCAUCUCUUUCCUCCAUCGAUGCCUCCCACUUACUAGUGCCGGUGAGAACUCGUUGCCCUCUCGCACCGAGCAGAGACCGACGUGGGGACAAUCAAAUGACAGGAUGGCAGACACUCCCUCUGUGGUGCUGCACGAUAGGUCGAUGAAGAAGUCCUCAUGGGAGCCCCCCGCCCUUCCCUGAAUGCGCAUACAGCUGUCCGUGUCGCCCACAUUUUCAAUCUCUGUCGCCCAGGCCUCCGACUUGAUGUCUUUGACCAGAUAAGUGCCCGGCACGAGCUGUGAGAAGCUCUUCGGGUCGUUGUUGUGGUCGCCAAUGGCCAGCGACGCGGGAUCGACGCCACUCGUCUCGGCGAUCUCGACGACCUCCAGAGCAUUGUAGCAGUCGAGGUUGGGGGCGAAGGGAUUGACUGAGUUGGUGCAUGGGUCAAGAGAAGGCGGGGAGCACAGAGACGAUGGCUGGCCUUGCAAGACGCCGCGGACCAACGAUGGCGUGCCCUCGGGCUCACGACUGAGCGCACCGUACAGACCUGCUUGAACAAUAGCAGACAGACGAUUGUGUAUCAUGGGCACAGCACUGGGCUCUUCGUGCCUGUUUCUUCGGCCAAGCAGAAGCAAAAGCGUCGGUCGCUGGAGCGUGCACAGAUUGGCUUGUCGGGCGGGCACUGCGAAAGCGCCGCCGAGCCACUAUGGCCAUCCACAGCACCGCAUAGAAUACUCUGUCCAUUCGAAGAGGCGCUCACGGGAGCACCGAGGGUUCUGUUCUGUGCAACUUGCAGCCGUCUCGUGAGGUCGGCCUCUGCAAAGGAAAGGGACGGACACACAGAAGGCGACAGAUGUUGGUGAAUGGCUGAAUGAAACGUUGCGUGAUUCCCCCACCAGCCACACACUGCCCGAAAGCCCUCUCUUGGCCCUGGCCGUCUGUGAAGUAUAGAAAGGGGUUCGGUUCACACGUGGACAGCCGCAGGCCAGCCGGCGGGACCUCUGCAAUGACAC